CGUAGCCAUGCUCCUCUUUUCCAGCCUUAAUUUUUGAGAGAAGCUGGUGUUUGGCUAUACUUCUGAAGAGGCCACCAGCACGGUAACGGUGUCCCGAAAGUUAUAUGCUUAAAUUCAACAAAGAUAUGCCUAUGAUAUUACGCUAUUUGUGUACAAGCAGAAGCUUAUAAUAUGUGUCUUUUAGUCAUCGCCCAAACUUUGGAAAUUUGGUCUUAAGUAGAUUUUCAAGUACAGCAAUUUUCAGGCUUAUGUCUGGAUUUUUACAUGCCGUCUUCUUUCUUUUUUAACACGUUUGACAAUGGUGGAAUUACGAAUCCUGUCUCCAGUAUCGCCCGCUGCAGUCAAAAAACAUGAUCGGAAACGAAUGGACCUUGAUGGUGAAGAGCUUUCGUCCCAUAUGGUCACUCCCGGCGAGACGAUCACGACAGAUCAACAAUUUAUGAGAGGUCAUGGCACAUAUACUGACGGUGAAAACGUUGUGGUGUCUGCAGUCGCAGGUGCUGUUGAACGUGUCAACAAACUGCUCUCGGUUCGACCGUUGAAAACGCGCUACACGCCGGAAAUCGGUGACAUUGUUGUUGGACGGGUAACGGAAGUUGUAACCAAGCGAUGGAAAGUGGAUGUCAAUGGAAAGCAAGACGCCGUUUUGUUAUUGAGCUCAGUCAACUUGCCCGGCGGUGUACAGCGCCGUAAAAAUGAAUCCGAUGAACUCCAUAUGCGUCAAUUCUUUGCUGAAGGCGAUAUUGUUGCGGCCGAAGUUCAAAGCUUCUAUAUGGAUGGCGCUAUGGGCUUACAUACUCGAGGAUUUAAGUUCUGCAAGCUUCGAAAUGGUUCUUUUGUGAACGUUCCACCCGUACUUGUCCAGCGGUGCAAAUCACAAUUUCAUUCUCUGCCCUGUGGCGUGGAUGUCAUUUUGGGUCUGAACGGAUACAUCUGGGUGAACAAGAAGCCUCAGGGAUUGCCAGAAAAUAGCAUGGAUGAAGUGGAUACCACAAUCAUGUACUCUAGUAUAAACGAUGAAAUAACACCAGAAGAACGUGAUAACAUCGCACGCGUGUGCAACUGUAUAACGGCAUUAGCCAAACAAUACAUGCACAUCAACGAUACAGUUAUCAUUUAUACAUACGAAGGUAACCAAUUUGCAUUUUAUAAGGGCGACUCGGCCAUACUCAGAUUUAUUCUUUAACUAUGUUUCUCCUCAUGAUUAGCGUCUCUUUCUUACACGGUCAAAGAGCUCUUGAAAGUCGAAGUAAUCGAUAGCAUAACGGCAGAAGCCAGCCAACGAAUGCAAGAAAUUUCAUAAAUACGCAUUUUUUUUCAUUACACAAACUAUACUUGUAAAUAUUGUUGUGAAAAAUUAUAUCAUCAC